AUGCCAGUUGUGCGGGUUCCUGACGAGACGGGACACACUCUGACACUUCUUGAGGUAGAUGGCACCUACCGCGCCACAUGCAGUUCGGUACCCGACCACGAGAACGAGGUCAGGUCUAUACCAACGUGGCUGGCACGUGAUGAUGACGUCCUUAUUUGCUCCUAUCCUAAAUCUGGUACACAUUGGUUAUGGGAGGUAACGUCUAUGUUGAUAAGAAACAAAGCGGAGCGAAUUCCUGGUGAAAAAGAGUCAGCCAUGCUAGAGCUGAUACAACAGUCUCGAUUUGAUAACCUCCCGUCCCCAAGAGUUCUCAACACACACGUCCAGUAUGGGCACGUACCUAAAGACUUUCUCGAUCGGAGAUGUAAAAUACUCUACAUGAUCCGGAAUCCGAAGGACGUAUCCGUUUCCUUUUUUAAUCACCACGCAAAACUUUUGGAUUAUGAAUUUACUGGACCAUGGGAAACAUAUCUGCCAAGAUUCCUUCGAGGGGAUGUUGACGGUGGCAGUUGGUUUGACUAUACCCUCAGUUGGGAAAAUUUCAUCCUACAAAUUCCAGACUACCCCAUCCUUGCCAUUUAUUACGAGGACAUGAAAUCGAAUCCAUUUCGGGAAAUUCAAAGGAUAGCGACAUUUUUGGAGGUCCCAUGUGACGUCAUGUUCCUAGAACGCGUUACCCAACUUUGUGACUUCAACACAAUGAAGACGGACAAGGAGCGCUUGGAGGACGCAGCUGACUGGAGAGGUGGAAAGUCCGACAUGUACCGAAAAGGAAAGGUUGGUGACUGGAAGAACUGGUUUACUGUGGGACAAAACGACCUUUUUGACAGAGUUUUUGCAGAACGAAUGCAUAACUCGAAAACGAAUAUUCGAUUUUCUCUAUAA